AUGCACAACCUUCGACAGCGCUCAGCUGUCAACGGAAUGCUUGGAUCAAAGCCCUACAUCAAAGCGGUACCAAAGGACGCUGUGCAGCCGUUUUCUCCCAGGACCGUCUUGACGUUGACUUUCCAUCUCCUUCAUAUCCCAGCCAUGUUCCGAGGAGUCCCAUACCUUCCUCUCUCGGUUUUCUCUUUGAUCAUCGCGACUAAGUGUGCUUUCUCCGCUGAAACGUUCUGGCCUGCGGCUGUUCCGUUGGCUGUGCGUUCUCCAUACUUCAGUGCAUGGCAGGGCACUACCAAUGGUACCGAUGUAACGGAUGAGUGGACGACAUUUUGGUUCAUUUCGAGCAGCACUAAUAAUACCGUUGGGUGGGCAGGUCAUAUUCGCAUCGACGGAGACACCUACAGAUGGCUGGGCGCGUUUGCAGGCCUGACGGCCACCACCCUUAUGUCCAUUCAGGUCACACCCACACGGACAAUAUACUCUGUUCAGGCCGGUCCAAUGGACUUGAAUAUCACCUUCUUUACGCCAAUAGAGCCGUCGAACUGGGUACGACAAUCAAUCCCAUUUUCUUACGUUGCGCUUGAGGCACGAUCGAAUGACGGCGAAGCUCACGAUGUGCAGGUGUAUUCCGACGUCAGUUCAGAAUGGCUUUCUAGAAAUCGCUCUGCCUACGUGCAAUGGAAUACGGCUCAGACUCAGACAUCUCAAGUCAUUUACCACACAGCCGAACUCGAGAGCCCAUCAUCAUUUACUGAGAUGAACGACCAGGCGAGUGACGGUAGGCUUUACUACGCCAUGGCCGCUAAUUCCGCGCUUACAUACCAAGCUGGCCCAAUGCAGGAUUGCCGAGAACAAUUCAUUGUCAAUGGAUAUCUGGCGAACACCACAGACACGAGUUUUCAGGUGAUCGAUGAAGUUUUUCCCAUAGCCGCGCUCUCCUUAAACCUUGGAAAACAUCACGUCCACUCCAUCUCCAAUAGUAUGCUCCGCAGGCCUUACUAUGUCACUCAGUACUUGAACAUUUCAGAUCUGGUCGAGAGUUUCGUUUUGGACUUCAGCGAUGCACAGAGCAGGGCUGAAUCGUUGGACAACGAGCUGAUGCAGAAUGCCUCUUCGAUCUCGUCACAGUAUAGCGAUCUGAUAUCUCUCGCCGCACGGCAGGCGUUCGGAGGGAUCGAUAUCACAGUGUCAAACGAGACAGACGGCAACUGGAAUACCUCAGAUGUGAUGAUCUUCAUGAAGAAUAUGGGAACUGACAGUCGUGUCAAUCCGGUCGAGAUUCUGUACGCUUCUUUCCCAAUGUUCCUCUACUUGAAUGCGUCUUUCGGUAAAAGCCUCCUUGCUCCUCUUUUCGAAUAUCAGUCUGGCGAUCUGUACACUCUUCCCUACGCGGCGCGUGAUCUUGGCCAGAAUUAUCCGAUCGCGUCCGGUGACAACACCACAUCAUUCGAUCAGGGAGUUGAGCAGUCUGGGAACAUGCUUAUCAUGACGUUAGCCCAUGCGAGAGCUUCCGGAGAUGGAUCACUGAUCGGCCAAUACGUAUGUGAUCUGCUUAUGAUGAUCUCCGCAGACUCUCAGUCCACGGCAAACAUGACAAAUCUGGCAAUCAAGGGUAACAUUGGAAUUCAAGCGAUGGCGGAGAUUAGUCAAGCGUAUGGCAACAGUGAGGACGAGCAACAUUAUGCAUCAACAGCCUCUACCUAUAUCAGCAAAUGGCAGACCUUGGCGUUGUCCGCAAACCAGGAUAACUUCCUUUUCAGCUACGGGGCUGCAAACUCGUGGGCUCUGAUGUAUAAUUUCUAUGCCGACCGUUUGCUACAAACAGGACUGAUAAAUGACACGUUGUAUGAACGUCAGUCCAACUAUUAUCAGGAGCUCUCGGAUGCUGAUACAGGCGGCACCUUCGGAUUGCCCAUCGACAGCAUUGAUAGCGCGCUGGCAAAUUCAGGAUGGUUGGCAUUCACUGCUGCUACAACAUCAAAUACAACUGUCCGUGACAACUUGAUCGACAUGAUCUGGAAGCGCGCAUCGUACAAUCUCACCGCCGGUGUUUGGCCGUCCGUGUAUUCAACUGUAGGGAACGGCUCGGCCCAACAUGGUACUGCACUGCCAGCGCAAGGCGCUAUGUUUGCCUUGUUAGCACUCAACAUGGCAAACAAAACAAUCGAAAUUCCCCCUUCUUCCACCGCAACGAUCACGACGUCAUACUCGCACACGAACGUCGGGGCCAUUGUGGGUGGCGUCGUCGGCGGCGUAGCGGGCUUAGCCAUUGUGCUCGUAGGAGUCUUCUUAUGGCGACAGCCGGUACCGUUCCCUUACAAUGCUACGCCGUACGGCUUGAACGAACAGACGGGGACGGAGAGCACGACUGACCCUCCCCCGCUGAUGUCGUCGAAGUCGCGUGAGCACAUGAACCUUAUUCCGCAUGGACAGCAGAACCCGGCGGAGUCCACGCCAUCGACUUCUGCGGACACGAGCAUGGUGCCGACGUCAGGUCAGGAGCCAGCGUCGACCUCUGCAAAUACAAGCACAGUGCCGACAUCGGGCCAGGAGCUGCCGUCGACGGCUGUCUCCGUACCAUUGCCGAGCGAGAUGAUCAGCCUGCGGGCAGAGGUGAACGACUUGCGGAGGUUUAUGGCGGAGCUGCAGGCGGAUCGCAUCGAGGCGCCGCCGAGCUACGAUGCAAACUAA